AGAUUUGAUGAACGAUUUGCUUCAGUAUCUGAUGCUGACUUUGAUGAUAUGGUCGAGGAUUUCUCAACUCGAGGAAUUGUUUCAAAACAGAUGUUGCAAUGUUUAUGGAAAGAUAUGAAACUAUCAGGUGAAGAGGAAGUUAUGUUAAUCUGUUUACUUCAGAAGUUUGACCUUUGUUUUGAAAUGCCACAAUGUGAGGAUGCUGAUCCAUACACCAUUCAGUCUGUGCCUCCUGUGUAUCGUUUUCCAUGGUUGCUAACAGCUAUUGCCACUUGCAUGCCCAGAGAAAUUCAACCUGAUGACGUUGUGCUCAUGGUGGUCUUCCAACUGCAAAACUAUUGCCCUGUAGGUCUGUUUGAAACUCUUUCAGUCAAACUGAACAAAUUCAUCAAAUAUCGUAAAGACUGGCAAUAUGGCAUUCAAGCAGUCAGUGUGGUGGGAAAGAACAAAUUUGAACUUUUGGUGCAACUUGAACCAAAGGAAAGAAGUGAAGAAAUCCUAAUUUCUGUGCAAACACAAAACAAGAAACUGAAGGAAGCAUGGGGUAUUAUGGUCUUGAUCAUCAAUGCAACAAAGGAGCUCCUACAGCAGUGGCCAGGUGUACUGUACUGUGUUCGAGUGGUGUGCCCACACUGUCUGAAGCUUGGGGUGGACAAACCUCACCGGUUCUCCGGAGCUGUUCUGGACAAGACACCAGGAGGCAUUGUGGUGUGUCCAAAGACAUGGGAUGAGAUUGACCCCAGACUGAUUCACCCACACACAACCCCAGCGCAGUGGCAACAGCGGAGAAAGAGGGCACUUGAGGAGUGUGGAAAAAGCCCAGCUCCUGAAGAGAUCAUGAUGGAGAAACAACCUCGAUAUUCAGCCAAAACCUGGUAA